AUGGAAUACGAAUUCCGUCAUACUCGUCAUAUAGAAUCAAUGGAAAUCGUUUAUAUCGACAAUGUCUCAGCCAAUAGUAACAACUAUAGCAAGAGAGUCAAGAUUGAGAACUCACUGUCUUUGCUCUACAGAUUAUCAUUCAUCUCCAAGGAUCUCAUGAAAUUCAUCAUCAAUCAGUUGCUACCACGCGUCCUACUACCAUGCGAUCUAAACCACAGUACAUUCAACUUCUUUACGAUAAGAGAUAAUUAUAACACUUGCAGCAACACCGACAGCAACACUAACUUUAUCAGUAAAAUCGAACAUCUUCAUUGUUAUUACAACUCAUACAUGAAAACUAAACCGAAUUCAGUUGGACGACAUAUAUUCGAUGACAAUAGCAAUCUUUGUUUUCUUGGAAAUAUAAGAUCAUUUGAAAUCAACACUGGUAUUACGCCGGCUUUCAUGAGUGAAAAAGUGUUUGCUGCCAUGCCAUUGCUCAGAAAGUUGAAGGUAACAUCGGAGUUCCUUGUGCAACCCUAUCUCGAUACCUACCAACAAUACAACAAACAACUACAAAAGAUAAAAAUAUCGACUCUGGCAUCAUCUCUAAGUCAUUACAAUGAAUUUAGUAAACUACUAUUGAAAUCGGAAUCAAUAGAAUCGAUCGGUUUAUUAAGAUCAAACUACAGCAUUGCUCUGCUUAAUAAGAUAGUUGCUGCAAAACCAACAAUCAAACUAUCGUACCCAUUCAAAGAAGGAAUGGAAGAAUACAAUAUAGCUAAUCAUAUAAAAAUAUUAAACUUAAACAAGCCUAAAGAAGAAGAACUACAACCAUUUUUCAAUAGUCUUGUAGGUGGUGUCAAUCAGAUUACAAGAGCAAUCAUUCCUACUCAUUGUAUUAAGUACUUGAAUGAAUUCUAUCAAUUAAAGAUAGUUAGAUUGAUACUACUCAAUUUCGAAGAAUAUAAACAAUCGAUGUAUGAAAUAGCAAAGAAACCAUCGGUUAGAUAUAUCGUCGUAUAUGACAUGAAGAAAAUAGAAGAGAAACAACUCAUUAUAAAUGACAAAGAUUUCAACUUUAGAUAUUCAAGAUAUAUUAAUCAUGAUAUGAUAUCAAUGUAUAUAUUUAAAAGAAAAGUUUUUUAA